CUUCUUGCAGCUUCUCCUCUGCUCAGGUGUUGGGGAGUGGGGACCGGAGGUGCUGGGAGCUACAGAUUUUCUCUAGCUCAGGUCUUCUACUUCAGCAUGAAACCGCCCCCCCAAAUGAAGCUACUACUGUUCCUGGCUUCCCAGAUGGCUGUCUUUGUUCUAUUCAUCCUUCUGUACUCCCACAACUUCAACCCCCUGCAGAUGAAGGAAGAACCCAAGCCCGCGAACAUGCACGUGCUCAUCCUGUCUUCGUGGCGCUCUGGCUCCUCUUUCGUAGGGCAGCUUUUUGGACAGCACCCAGAUGUCUUCUACCUGAUGGAGCCUGCCUGGCACGUCUGGAUGACCUUCACACAAAGUACUGCCCAGAGGUUGCAUAUGGCAGUGCGGGAUCUCAUACGGGCUGUCUUUCUGUGUGACAUGAGCGUCUUUGAUGCCUACAUGAAACCUGGCCCCCGAAAACAGUCCAGCCUCUUCCAGUGGGAAGGCAGCCGGGCCCUGUGUUCUCCACCUGCCUGCAACAUCUUCCCGCGAGAUCAGAUCAUACCCCAGGCUGACUGUAGGCUUCUGUGCCAUCAAGAGCCCUUUGAGGUGGUGGAGAAGGCCUGCCGCACUUACAGCCACGUGGUGCUCAAGGAGGUACGUUUCUUCAACCUGCAGGUGCUCUACCCGCUGCUGAGAGACCCUUCCCUCAACCUGCACAUUGUGCACCUGGUCCGGGACCCCCGGGCGGUGUUCCGUUCCCGAGAACACACCACGCAGGAACUCAUGACUGACAGCCACAUCGUGAUGGGGCAGCAUCUACAGAAACUCAGAAAGGAGGAUCAACCCUACUAUGCGAUGCAAGUCAUCUGCCAAAGCCAGCUGGAGAUCUACAAGGCUGUGCAGUCCUUGCCCAAAGCCCUGAGGCAGCGCUACUUGCUCGUGCGCUAUGAGGACCUGGUCCGGGACCCCCUGGCCCAGACUGCCCGAAUGUAUGAAUAUGCAGGCUUGAAAUUCUUGCCCCAGCUCCAGACCUGGGUGCACAACAUCACUCGAGGCAAGGGCACGGGGCAGCAUGCCUUCCACACAAAUGCCAGGAACGCCCUCAAUGUCUCUCAGGCCUGGCGCUGGUCCUUGCCUUAUGAAAAGGUUUCUCGGCUUCAGAAAGUCUGCAGGAAAACCAUGGCUUUGCUGGGCUACCACCCUGUCACAUCUGAGCAAGGGCAGAAAAACCUGUCGCUGAACCUUCUGUCUACCUGGGGCCCCGCUGGGCAAGCCUACCGAGAGGGCUGAGGAGGCUCUGUCUCCACCUGGCACCAGCUUCAGCCACGUUAACCAGGGGCAGCUUCUGAGCCUUGACCGCGUGUGUC